GACUUUGACACUUUGGUUAUACAUAUUAAAAGUAUACCCAGUAAGUAAAUGUAGUCGAAAAUAGCAAAAUUCUUGUGAAUUUGUUGUGUACAUGAGAAAAAUUCCGAUAUCAUGUUGCCACUACGUUCAAUCUCAAUGUGGCUUCCGACAUUGAGAAGCAUCGCUGUUCGAAAUUCAGCUAAAGUCCUUCCAAAGCAGUACAAAUUUAGUGAAAACAAUGUGGCUGUCGCAGCAACCACAACAACAUUUCAGUACGAUAGUGUACGUCACUAUGCCAAAGGAAAACAGAAGGAGAAAGCACGCAAUAAAGGUGUAAAAUUUGCGACAUAUAAAUUGCCCGAAGAUCAACUGAACGAGAUUAUAAAUGUGGAUGCAUAUCGAAAUAAAUUGGAAAAGGCGCUCGAAGUAUUGCAAGCGGAUUAUAUAAAGCAUUUGUCACUGCGAUCGACGACCGGAUCAAUUGAGACGGUCAAAGUUAAAGUUGAUGGAGAAGAGCACGAAUUGCAGGAUAUUGCUCAGGUCAUUCGGAAUAAUCCGAAAACGAUUGUGAUCGACAUGAUUGCAUUUCCACAGUUCAUACAAGCUGCUCUACAGGCGCUACAAAAGAGCGGUCUCAACAUAAAUCCACAACAAGAAAACACAACUAUUUAUAUCCCCGUGCCGAAGGUGACGAAAGAGCAUCGUGUUACAUUAGCAAAAAAUGCAAAGGCCUUGUUCAUCAAGGGUCGUGAUCAAAUCAAGGCUGCACAAAACGAAGUGAUUCGAAAGGUGAAGAAUAACACAACCAUUUCGGAGGAUGAUAAUCAUGCGGUGCAAGGUCAACUAACCGAAAUUGCCAAUGAAUACGUUUCAAAAGCGGAAAAGAUCUUCGAAACGAAACAAAAUGAACUGCUAAACAACUGAAUCUGAACUCACCUAAUUUUUUUUUCUCAUUCAAUCAGUUAGUCAGUGGUCGAGUAAGAUUUGAUAUCUUAUCGACUUGUUGGAAUUAUUGUUAUGAUUUUUCAAAGAAAUUGAAUCGAUUAAACUAAACUAAAAAAUGGCAAA